AUGGGAUCCAAAGCACGAUCGAGAGCCAAACAGCCCUCACCCUCUCUAUCGGCGUCGUCCGCGUCGGAAGCAUCGUCGAGUCGCUCGGCGCUAGAGGUGGAGGAAGUCAUCACCGCCGACAACUCAGACGAAGACCAAGCUUCGAACCAUGGAAUCGACAGCGACGAUGACGAAGAUAUGGACGGGAAUGCAGCCACUCCCGACUCUGAUGAUGAUGAAGAUUCAGCACGACCUACUAUUGACGUCGUCAAAGCAAGGACAAAGCUCCAUCACGUCGCCAAAACCCUCCGCGCGACCGCAAAGAAGAGCAAGACGUUCGAGCUCCAGAAGCUUGUCAAGAAGCUCAAGGGUCUACGCAAGAAGGCGUCUCUCGCAGAGCAAGCCAAGCUUGCAGAGAAGCAGCUAGUGGCGCUGAAGGUCAUCGAUACCGCACUGCUGGCGGGUCGCGCGUUGGUGACCAAGAUGGUCAAGGCGAAGCUGCUGCCGAGGCCGGCCGAGAUGGAGGGCGCGGAUGAGGAGGAGUGGAUGUACUUUCAGAUGGUCAAGGAAGAGGAUCUGCUCGGAGAAGAAGUGCUUAGGGAUCCCAUUGUGGGGGACGGAGACAAAGCGGCGGAGAAGGCAAAGGCGAAGAUCACGAGCUCGAAGGUGCUCGCUGAUGAAGUUGGGAGGUUUGUCGACGAGCUUAAGAAGCUAGCUGGUAUCGAGCCGAUAUUUAGCAAGAGCAAAGAGGAACUCGACGUCAAGGGCAAAGGCAAAGCGAAGCAGGAGAUGGAUGAAGAAGAGGAUGAAGACGAGCGCGAAUGGUCAGGAUCGGAAGACGAGUCGGAAUCAGACGAAGACGCACCGCGCAGGGUGCCAGUCGACGAGGACGACGAAGACGAUGAAGAGGGAGAAGCAGACGAAGAGGAGCUGGCCAGGAUAGGCAGGCAGAAAGUCAAAGCGCUCGGCGACCUCUCGCUGUGGGACGACCUGAUCGGAUCCGACUCUGCACCCGAGUCGGAAUCCGAGGACGAAGCACCGGCGAAACCCAAGCGCAAGCGCACCCAAGACUCGGACGUAUCCACCGACAAUGCUUCUAGCGAUGACGAUGACAGUGACGCAUCCGGCUCGGGCUCUGACGACUCCGAAUCCGACUCAGACGCCUCCUCUUCCUCAUCGACCUCGGACCGACCGCGCAAGAAGAAGUCCAAAUCAACUUUCCUCCCCUCCCUCAGCUCUGGCUUCAUCCCCGCUCGCUCCGACGACGAGUACUCGGAUGCGGAAGCCGAUCUCGCUGACGACCCUUCCGGCAAGAAGGAGCGCAAGAAUCGUAUGGGUCAGCGCGCCCGUAAAGCCUUGUACGAGAAGAAGUACGGAAAGAACGCCAACCACCUCAAGCUGAAGGAGAAGCAGAAGGCGGCCAAGCUGGAGCGCGCAACGACAAGGCCGCCGGGGGCGAUGGGGGGCAGACAGCGACCGCCGGCGUUCCAAGCACCGAAGAAGGUGGAUGGUGGUUGGGGAGGCAAGGUCGCGCCGCUGCCGAAGCAGCCCCGGGUGGCGUACGUGCCAAGGGUGCAACCGGUGCCAGUGGCCGUGGCCAGGGAGACGGGUGGCGGGAGUGGGCCAGCGAACAAAGCACCGGCAGCAACGACGGUCAAGUCGCAAGAGAUGCACCCGUCAUGGAUAGCAAAGCAGAAGCAGAAGGAGCUCAUGGCGCAGGUCAAGCCUCAGGGCAAGAAGGUUGUGUUCGACUGA